AGCAAAAGUGAGCAACGUUGGCAAAGGACGAGGCAAGAGGUUCGAAGCCUUGGAAAAGUGCUGAAUAGAGGCAAAUCAGGCCCCCAGCGCAAGGGGGUUCGCUGUUCAAUCGCGAGAGCAUCUUCCGCCAUUCCCGCCCUGCUGUCUGAUGAAGAUUGUUCAUUCAGCCCUUACCGAAGUCCCACCUGACGCCCACAACAGCCUUGUGGACUUCUAGGCUACCGCAAUUGUUCGUCUUUGUGUCGCUGGGAGCUUUCCUUUCAUCGCCGGCGACUGCAUAGCUUUGUCGAGGAGCUUUUCCUGAGAGAUUGGCAGCAUAGCGCCUCUGUGGGAUAUGAGUGAUCAGGCACGUGCCCAGGGAGAGGGAUUGGGUGCCGUGAGUGGGGCUGCAGCACCGCCCAGAGAGAUCCAUAUAGGUGAGGGAGGGAGAGGGAGGGAGGUGGGGGAAGGAGGACAGGGCAACACAUCGAGGCAGCCGGAUGCAUGCAGCGAUGAGUGCUUGAUGCGCACUGACGGAUUUCCAUUUCUGUCCUUUCUUGGUCCGUCCGUCUGUGUGUGUCCGUCCAUUCAGUUCAUCACCACCACCAUCACUACCACUACCACCACCACGUUCACGGAGCCACGCCGCCAAGCGAUGACACCAACAGAAGCCAACAGACCAACCCCCCGACGGUAAGCCAGGGAAGCAAAGGGCAGAGAUCCAAUCGUCACCCAUUCUCUGCCGUGUCCAACCGUCUGUUGACCAGCUUCCCCCCGUCCCGUCCCCCGCCCCUCCCGGCGGCCCUCCCGAGAGCGCCAUCAACCUGCAGACCCUCGAGCUCGAAGCCGAGGCCAUCUGCGAGAAGGCUGCCAUCACCACCACGACCACCACUGCACAGCCGUCACAGCCGUCACAGCCACCCCCGCAGGCGGCCAUCAUGACGCCUGCAGCCGACCUUCACGGCUCGUCGGAUGGAUCGCAGUCGCAGGAGGGCGAGGGAGAGGUCAAGGGCCCGCUCAAGAAGAUGAGCAACUCCAACGAGACGACCGACACGGACGGGACGGACAGCAAGGAGGGGGGCGUGGGCAGCUGGAACGCCAGUGGGAGCGAGGGGGGCGGCAAGGGGCUCGUGGUGCGAGUGCAGGCCGUCCCCAAUGAGAGUGGCGACAGCGACGGGCUCGACGGGUCGUCGAUUGGCGAGUCGACGCCCAGGGAGGACGGCAUGGUCGCCUCUGACCUCAGGCACAUGCCCCGCCCUGACGCACAGCAGCAGCAGCACCAGCGGGAGCAGCAGCAGCAGCCCCCGUCACUGUCCCCCCAGCCGCCACCCGCGCACGCCCCCUCUCCCUCGGCGCCCCACACGCCCCCGCGCCAGUACGACGUGGCGCAUCGCGCGUCUGCGCCGCUGUACUCGUCGUCUGACCCGAGCAGCCCCGAGGGCCACAGCGUAGAGUUUGAGCUGAGGAUGGAGGAGAACGAGGACGGGCCGUCGUCCAUCGACUUUUCGGUCGGCCGGUCGUUCAGCCACGCCGACGAGGACUGGCACCCGUCAGGCAACCGCCCCUUCUACACGGGCUUCAUGCCGCAGUCAUUCCACCAGGCCAUCAGCCACACUGACCACAGUGGGGGGGUCGGCGGCAUGCACCGACACAAGUUCUUCGUGUCGCCGCUGCUGGACUCCAUUGGCUGCUCCCCGGUGGGCUCGCCGACGCCAUCUUCCCCCAUGCUGGCGUCGUCGGCCACGCCCAGCGAGCCGGACCAGUCCAACAAUCUGCCUGAGCUGGCGGGAGUCGACACAUUCGAUCAUGUCGAUGAGGUAAGAAAGACAGCCGAGAGAUCAGUUCUUAGUUGGUCAACUGUAUGUGUUGUUUUGGUUUGCAUGUCCUGUGUGUGUCAGUUGCCUGGUCUGAAGGCGAUCCAGAGCCGCUCACUGGGCGGUUGGUCGUUCCCUCCGCCCCCGCCCGGCUUCGACGGCAAUGGGCAGCCGCAGCCACCACAGGCACACCCAGACCGACACAUGAAUGGAUUCGCCAACAUAGCGGUGCGCACCUAAACGAGGCAGGCAGCACAUGUGAACCGACUCGCGGUUCGUUCCAUUGUGUGUCCUCUGUGUUGGUUGGAUGCAGGAUCCGUCGAGCGCUCAGUCGGCGUCUCCCCACCUGCUGCAGCCCCCCCUUCCCCACACGGGCGCCCCAUUCCCCGGGCCCCUCAAUCGCAACCGCAGCUCGGGGGACGUCCCAUUCGCCCUCACCGACACCACUCAGGCCGGCAGCAGCAUCAGCAAUGGCACCUUUUUUGCCUCGCAAGACAGCAUGAUGGUGGCACACCAGAGCACCAUGCAGCAGCGGCUUGGCGGUGCUGGGGGCGGUGUUGGGGUGCAGGGCGGCAGCGAGGAGAUGACGAUAAGGAAGAGCAUGAGUGUCGGGAUAGACAUGCAGAGUUUGAGGGGGGCCAUCGGGGCGCUGGGCGACGGCAACGAAAGCGGGUCAGCCAACACACAACACAACAGACAACGUGUGACGAAUUGGCGACAAUGGCGUCCAUUCGUCGUGUUUGUUGUUUGUGCGUGUCAGGCUGCCGUCCACGCCCACACCGAGCCAGCCGUCAUCGCCGCACCCAACCGGCCGGGGCAGGCGGCAGCGACGCGGUCGGGCGCAGUGUCCGGCGGGCGACGCCAAGGCCAUCAAAGAGGCGUUCGAAAUCAACCUGGAGAAGGUACCGAUGACCACGAUGGCGCCAUGAGUAUUGGUGUCCCAGGAAGUGAGGGCCUGUCUGUGUCUGUGGGUAUGGUGUCUUGUGUGCAGAUCAAGUCUGGGGAGGAGCAGCGGACGACGUUGAUGAUCCGAAACAUCCCCAACAAAUACACGUGAGCGAGCUGAGGUGGCACAAGACAGCACAACAGCUGUUGUCAGGGAUGGAUGGAUGGAUGGAUGGUUGUGCGGCUGUGCAGGCAGCGGAUGUUGCUUCAGACGAUCAAUCGCAGCUACAGGGGACAAUAUGACUUCUUCUACCUGCCAAUCGACUUCAAAAACAAGGUACGGGAGGCAGGGAGGCAGGCAGGCAGCGAGGGAGAAGCUCAUCGCUGCCGUCGUCUGUGUGGUCAGUGCAACGUCGGCUACGCAUUCAUCAACUUCAUCGAGCCCACGUACAUCCCGCCAUUUCACAUACAGUUCCACGGUAGGUGGGUGCACCAUCGCUCACGCAGCCACACCGCACAGGCACGUCGGAAUGUCUCUCUGUGUCUGUUGCUGUGGCGCGUUGUGUGUCUGGGCUGGCUGCGCUGGCUGCGUACAGGCAGCCGUUGGGAGAAGUUCAACAGCGAGAAGAUCUGCAGCGUGACCUACGCGCGCAUCCAGGGCAAGGAGAUGCUCAUGAGCCACUUCCUCAUGUCGUCCGUCAUGUACCAGGCAAGCACCCACACAGACAGACAGACAGACCAACCACAAGCGCCACCACCCAUGCCUGCAGGAUCGCCGCAUGCGGCCCAUUUUCAAGCUCGACCAGACGGACCAGCAGAACGCCUUUUUCAAGAUCCACAACGUCGGCGAGCCCAAGGACGCCCCCAUGCAGAGCCCCAACACCCACACAGCGGUGCCCUCCGCCAGAUUCGGCAGCCCAAUGGACGACAGCGAUCUCGCUAGGCCCUCUGACUCGAGACCAUCACCGGCCGCCUCUGCGUCGCCGCCCCCCUUCCCCUCACCAAGCGCAUCCCCUCACUCCCAGCACGCACAGGCGUCAUCUCACUCGGUCUUCCGGCCACCGCUCCCCGGCAGCCCGCCAGCAGAGAUGGACGUCGCACCGCCGCCCGGCUUCGCCUCAAGCCAGGGGCCUGCGUCCAUGCCAAUGGGUGGUGCCGCACUGCACUCUCACCCUCACUCGCCCAGCAGCCCGCCGCCGCCCCCGCCCCCCGAGCAGCAGCAGCAGCAGCAGGCGUCCACGUUCAACUGGCCGCGGGGCACCACCUCGCCGACGCCCACACCUCCUCCCCCACCUGGUGUGAGUGGCGGAGGAUUGGGCGGGCGUGGGGGAUUGGGCGGGUCUCAUGGGGGCGGGCUGGGUGGUUUGGGCAACCUGGCCAACAUGGGUGCGAGUUUCGGUCUGGGUGGUAUGCGCCCGCAGCAGACCAGGGGUCAGGGGGGCCCUGGGCCGGGGAGGGGAGGGGGGCAGCAUGGGUGGGCGUGAUCAGUGAGGGACUGAGGAUGGGUGGAGGGAGGGAUGGCUGUGGUGAUCGAUGGAUCGUUCUGUACAGGUUGGUUCCUUCCCUGGUCUGUAUGGUCGUCGUUCGGCUUGGUUGGUUUGUACGGUGGAUUUCUGAGAGAUUUUCGUUAAGAUGCGUGUGGGGCGGGGCGGUCGAUGGCUGGAUACACGACGGAUGCUGCGAAUCGGUGGAUGGAUGGAUGGCGUGGUUGAGUCUUUCUCCGUGUCUGUCUCAUUUCCGCGUGAGUGUGUGUGUGUGUGUGUGUGUUGACUGAUUGCGGCACCGUACGUACGAUCGGGUCGAAAGGAGAUUGCCUGCCUGCCUGCCUGACUGCCUUGUCAAUUUUUCUGCCGCUCUCCCUCAGCACCACUGGCCUCUCUCUCCCUUGCGCGGCCAACUCACUCGUCAUCUCUUCUUUCGUGUCGGCCCGUGUCGUCCGUCGUCGCGUUGUCCCGCCUGCCUAAACAGACCUGUUCCGUGUACAGUCAGUCAAGUGGCGUCGGUGCGUGCAUUAGUGCGCACACACGUGGGGCGGUGUCGAUCGGUCCGUCGGUUUCUCCCAUGAUUCAUUCCAUCGUCUGCGCGUGUGCCGUGCUGGUUUUGACCUACCUAUCUACCUAGAUGUUUCUCCCAAGGCUGGCUUCUCCGAUGGAUGGAUGGAUGGAUGGCCAUUUUUGCUCUCUCUUGUCGUCUCGUCUCGGCUUCUCGUCUCCUGACUCGUCUCUCUGUCCCUCUCUGUCCCUCUUCCCUUACUGAGUCUUGUGGGUCGACCGAUCAGGAUAUCGACCUUUCGUUCUGUUCCUCCCUGGUCUGGCGAGAGACAUGUGAUAGUGUUGUCGCAUCACACACACGCGGGCGGGGAGGGGCGCGUUGGGGCGGUUGUGAAGGAGCUGGGUGGGCAUCUGGAGAGGGGGACAUCUGGAGAGGGGGAGAGAUCGAGCCCAUUCCAAUCGCUCUUCAUCGCUGGCCUGGUCUGGCCGAGGGAGGGGGAGAGAGGGGCUGCAGAGAGAGACACAGAGGGUCUGCGUUGCGUUGCGUUGCGUAGUGUUGUGUUGAUGCGUGGCUGCCCAGGAGUUGCCCCACAGUCUGGCGGCACCUCUGGAUGGACAGACAGACAGACAGACCUACCUGCCGGCAAGAUUUUCCCAUAUUCUUUACAUGCGCCUGUCUGCAGCAAGAGAGAGAGGGUCGGAGGAGAGGGAGGCGAGAGAAGAAGGACAGAUUGCUCAUAAUUCCGUUCCCGAUAGGGGGUGCAUGGCAGCGGUUCGUUCGUUGCUUCGCCUGCACCAUUUUGUGAUCGACACACGCUUUCCUGCUCAUAGACCACACACACACACACACACAUUCACUCCUUCAUAAGACACGAUUGCGUUGCUGCCUUCCUGCCUUGCAUCGUUGGCCGAUGUGGUGCUUUUUCUGUCGUUGCUCGUCCGCCCACCCAACCAUCCAUCCGCCCCUCAUCGGCUUUUUAAGCAACAGCUGACGUGGGGACGGAUGCACUCACACAGACAUGGGAGGGGGGGAGGGGAGGGGGUGCAUGGCAUGGUGUGGCUCUUUACCAUUUCGCCAUUUGUUCCGGUCCACCCACUCAGCCCAUCGCAUGCAUAGUUGCCUUCCUUCUGUGGUGCGUGUGGACUGACGUGGCGUGUCUAGGUGCUGGUGGCAGCACAGCACGGUGCGGUGCGGCAUGGCCUGGCCUGGCAGUGCCCGCUCCUUUUUGCCAGGCCAAGCCAGCUGUGUUGGUGGACAUACUCCACCCAGCCACAGCCACAGACCCUUCCAAUGAUCGGAUGAAUGGCUGCUCGUGCGCGUGUGUGUGUUGGUGUGCAUCGGUGCCAAUUCGAUCCCCUGCUUACACACGCGCACUCGUCCAUUCCAUGACACCCAGACAUUGAUUGCUGUUUCCGCUUUUGAGAGGUGAGGGGGGG